AUGAACGUGGAGGAACAGAGAAAGGCGAUGCUGAGCAACUUCCGCCAGUACGCAACGGUCUACAACGAACUGACUGAAGUCUGCUUCACCUCCUGUGUGCAAGACCUGGGCCAGCGCCGUCUGAGCGAGGAAGAGGCCUCGUGUGCCGACACCUGCGCUGCUAAGUUGCUGCAAGCCACGAGCCGCAUGGUGUGGAAAAUGGCGGAACUAAAUCCUCUGCAGCAGGGAGGAGGAGCCUCGGCUCUACACCCCCCGCAACAGACCAGAUAG